UGACAGGCCGGCAAGCUCUUAAGAUCCAUCGGGGUUCUACCAGUCCGUCCCCUGAGCCGUCGCUGCCUACACCAUCACACACGAUCAUCCUCCACAAUUGUUCUCCACGAGAAUCCACCGAAUUUUGGCCUUGGAACGAGGGCGAAGCUGGUUGUAGCGCGAGAGACUUGUAUCCGCAGUAGUAGCAACGUGGUGGUGCCAGCCAAGAAUACCGGAAGUAGACAGGAAGAAAGGACGAAGAAUCACGCGGUUCAAGUGAGGGAAGGUAGGACCGGGUUAAUCUUGUCCGCGAAGGUCGAGGUAACCAGUUCGGAUUUGGCGCCAUGACAUUCGAAGCACGCUUGAUAGGGAACGGGGUUUGUCACUGAACAGAAUACGCGCCUUUUGGAAACGAUAACAAACUGGCGCUAAAAGCUGAAGGUCACGAGGAUGCUACCGGCCGCAUGAUUGUCCAGGACACUUUGCACUAAGUCCCGCCGAAAUACUGAAGUGCCUUGUGAUCUCUCUCGCAGUGAUUGGUGUGCGUGAGAACGGUUUUGGUGAACCCUAUAAAGUGAAGCGGACCACUCGGAAAAUACACCGGCGGUUUUCUCUUUCUUUCUCUCUCCCUUCCCCUCUCUCUUUCUCUCUCUCUCUCCCCCUCUCUCUUUUUCUUUCUUUUCAUCUUUCUCGACCUAAUCGUAUUUUCUGCGUAAUCGAGGAGACUCGAGUUUUCCACGGAGUUAAUAAAUUCGUGACGUAGGACGGAAGAAAGCGAAACUGGAUCGUGCAGAUCGCGAUCGUGAUCGAGGCCGGUCGCCUAGUUCCGGCGGAGUACCGACUUCAGGGCACGAUAAGGGGACCAGGCGGUUACUGGAAGUGGAGAACGUAUGGUUGCGUAAGUUCAGGAAGAAGCUACCGCUGCGAGAUAAGCGACGAAGAAAGAGACUUUCUUCGCAUAUGAGACUACACGAAAAAAAGUAGAAGUGAAGAGUUUAGAAGUUUAAGACUAUAGUACAGUGAAGAAGAAAAAAAAACUUUUUAUAAUCGUGAGGGAGACUAUCUAACAAAAAGCAUAAAAUAAUAGUCAAUCGGAAAGGAAAGACAUUAGUGCAGGGAUUGGCAACGAAGAACGGUUUCAUUAUAUCAUAAGGAAAAUUAAAAGAAAUUCUAAGGUCUUGUCUCGGGGAAAAGACAAGGACUUGGCGGGAACGACGAUGCCAUUGAUCAUCUGAUCGUUCCUUUCACGACGAAGGCCGAUCGUAGAGCAUGAUCCGACCAAGGGCGACCUUGAACAAGAUGGUCACGAGGGCGCUGCUACUACUCUCGCUGGUCUUCCUCGGUGCCUUUGACGCGCCUGGCAUCGAGAGAACCCACUUGGCGAUGGCUAGUAACUGCAAUGCCUGUAGGAUACACGAGGAGAUCCGCGCGCUCAGUUUGGAGGCGAUCAAGGAGCAGAUCCUGAACAAGCUCGGCCUCAAACAAGCGCCGAAUAUGACGGGUCGGGCAAUGCCGAGGAUCCCGCCGAUCUCGAAGCUGAUGGACAUGUACGGGAUGCAGGCCGACCAGCCUCUUGAGCCUGGUAUCACGCACCACGAGGAGAUCGACGAAUAUGCCGCCAAGACGGAGAGUGUCUUUGCUUUAGCGCAGCCUCAUCAAAGGUUAAGGCACUUUAAGGGUUUGGACGUGCUGUAUUUCAAGUUUUCCGAUAAGGUCGUCCAACAUCGUGUUACCAGGGCAGAGUUGUCUCUGUGGAUAUGGGGCAUGAAUAAGGAAACGGAGCUCGGCGAACCGAUUGAUUUGAAUGACCAAGACGCCGGUCCGGUGACGAUCACGUUGCACAGGAUCGUUCGGACUGAGACAGGUGGGAUCGUGCUGGGUACAGCUCUGAACACGAAACACCCUCGGCCGUUCGGACGGCGGGGUGGCUGGAUCACAAUCGAGCUCAGACGAAUGGUGGCGGAGUGGUUCAAGCAUCCGAGGGAUAAUCUGGGAGUAGCUGUGAAGAUCACCGGAUCUAACGGCAAUCAUCGCAGGAACCGACUAGUUGAGAUCAGUCCCGGCGCGGAGUACGCCCCGUAUCUCGAAGUGCAGAUGCAGGAACUCGAUUCGCGAAGGGGCUCCAGGAUCAAGAGGAACGUGGGACUCAAUUGCGACGAGGCCAGUCAGGAGACCAGAUGUUGCCGGUACAAGCUCACGGUGGACUUUGAAAAAUUCGGAUGGGAUUGGAUAAUCGCACCUAAAAAAUACGAUGCCAAUUACUGCUCGGGUGACUGUCCGAUGGCUUUCCUACCGGCCUAUCCGAACACGCAUAUCGUCAGCCUGGCGGAACCGCCGAACAACACCGGGCCAUGCUGCGCACCUAGGAAGUUGUCCGAAAUCACGAUGUUGUAUUUCGACAACGAGUACCAAAUCGUGUUCUCGCGGUUGCCGGGCAUGGUCGUCGAGAAAUGCGGGUGCUCAUAGUCCACCUCCGUUUCUGGCAAGACGAAAUCGACGUGGGCGACGCCGAGAGUUCCGCACGGUUACCGCGAUGCUCUCUCACGGAUCAAUCUCGACGAUCAUCGUCAUUGUCCUCGUCAUUCAUCGUCGAUUGUCGUCGCCGUGUUCUCGGCGAUUCCUCAUCCGAUAGACUGAAAGUGCCUUGUUCGGAGAGUGCAGAUUGCACGAUGCGGAUCUCUUUGGAGCGCGGAGGAAGAGACGCAAAGUGCGCGCUGAUAGGCGGGUGUGUGGUGAUUCGCGAGAGAGUCCUCUCGAAGACUGUGCUGGAUGCCAAGGGAAGUCCAAAGAGGGACUCGCGCCGUGUCAGCGGGAGGCACCUCGACGGUGGUCCAUGGUCCAUGGCAAGGCGGAUAGUUCCUAGAGUCACGGUAUUAUUUUUAAGACGCCGAUACGUUUGCACUUGAUCCACACGAUCCUGAUUACGCCCUCGGAAUUUCGCAGAACGCGAAUUUCUUAUUCCCCUUAAGUCAAGGGAGGUAGUAGAAAUGGGAUAUUUAUAACGCUUGUAGUGUCAUUACGCAAGCGUUGUAUUCUCAGAGCUCCAACAUGCAGCCAACAAGCAGCGCAAAACUUUGUUGAAAUUUUUAUUAUUGCCCCGCGAGACCAGAUAGAUCACGAAGGAUACAAUGUGACCAUUUCGCGUGCCUGUUCACGAAAUGUGCAUCUCGUCUCUCCCAUUUCUUUACAUUGAACCAAACGCGUUAUCACUAAAACAGAGGUCGUCGACGAUCGGUGGAAAUGUGUUGGCCAACAGAUCUCGGUGUACAGUAAAAUCGUUGUUUUUUUUCUAAUGGUUUUUUUUUCCUUUUCCCUCCUCCUCCCCCCUCGUCUUUCUACAAUAUAUUAUAUAUAGAAAUGUUUCUGUCACUAUGAUCGGUUUUUUUUUAGCGAAUUGUGAGAGUGCGUGUGCGAGAGAGCGUACGUGUCGAAUUAUGUAAAUAAGUCGUAGCAGGCAAGAAUGUGGUGUUGCUUCGCUGACACUCCCACGUCCUGGGAGGAUCUAACGAGAAUGUUACUCUUGUAUUGGAGAACCUCAGCCCUCCUUAUAGUUUUUCUAACGCGAAUACGCGGCUCUAAGUAAGUUGUAAUUACACGGCGCCAAUAUCCGGCUAAUCGCGCUCGGAAAAACUUUUUUAUAUCGCGGCAAUUGGCAAUUUUAUAUCCACGUUCCUGUCAUUCGUCACGAUCGCAGAACGAGUGUCGAGCGUUUAUUUCUAGAUAAAUAAACAUUAAUCGCGAACGAAUGCGCGACGCGCGCCUGAUUUUCGUAGCUUUCUUCGUAACUUACGGUAUUAAUAGCUGCAUUUUAGCGCGUCGGAUGAUGCACUCGUCGUGAGAAGGGACGACUACUUUUUUUUGGAAUGUGUCCCUUCUUAUUCCACGCGUUGUACAAUCUAAAAAAAAAAGAUUGACAAGCGUUUUUAGACAAAAUUAUUCUAGGAGUAUCUCGACAAGCGCUCUUAUUAGUUUUUAUAGACUCAUUAGGAUCCGUCCCUGAUCCUCAGGCAUAAUCCCUAUUAAUUAUUAUCACGAUGACAGCGAGGAUCAGUGCUGCAAUUAUGUAUAGACGUAUCCCCGAACGCUUGAACAAUUCCAGUUAUGUGUAGCGAUUGAAACCAAUAUAAUUUCGAUAAAUUCAAAUCUUCGCAAUUAAUCGAUAAAAAUUGAACGUUUAAUGAGCAAGGACUCAACGUUUCUCUGAACUUUAUGUAAUAUCGUGAAUUGAACACGUCGAGAUUCUACCGGUUUCAAUCCCUCGUUGUAUAGCGAUCUUCAAAAUCCGGGAACAUACUUGAAACUUCUCAUGCUAUCAGAGCUAACACUUUAAACUCCACGUUUUCCCCUCGGCUUCGAGUCAAGUGCACUGUAGCUACAUUUUGUAAAAUAGUAUACGAUAUACGAUGGACUUGCGCGCACCGUCCCUGAACUUCAUGUGAUUGUAAAAGAAAAAAGUCACACACAAAUACAUACACACAAAACGUACAUGUACAACAUAUACAUACGUACACGAGUUUAUAAAGAAAACUUUGCGAUUUUUAUAAAGCGAUCAUUUAGAACGUAAGAGAAAGCUCCUUGAAAAAUCGAUUCUUUUAUAAUUCAUCUUCCUUCCCCGCUCUGUCACAGCUGUCCUUGUCUUUCCAUUCUCUUCCGGUCAUACUCUUUUUCUCCUUCGUAUCUAUUAUACUUCCCAUUCUCAGUUUGUUUGUCUCAGUGUAUCAAUUAAAAAGAUAAUGGAUUUGCUUAUAUCCCCGCUCCGAAUAAAUAGCGAACGAGGACGGCAAAAAAAUGCAUACUUAUAUGUAUAAUGUGUACUUCCUAGGUAGGCACACAGUAUAGAUAGAAAAAUAUUUAUUCCAUGAAAUAAAUGGUUUUUCGAUGAG